AUGAAUGUUGGGUUUGCUGAAUUAUUUGGGUACAAUUUUCAAAUUUAUUUAGCAUCCUUAGGAUGCUAAACCUUGUUAAUUUAUGCAUCAAAUUCACAUUUCUGUGGUUUCCUCUUUACAACUAAAAAACUCCAAAACUAAGUUCUACAAUUCAUUCAAUAAUUUUUUGGUUUUUAUCAUAGCUCAGCACCAAUAUUCCCUUCAGGAUUUCAAACCUUAGUAAACUCCAAGUAUUUGAAUGUCUAUUUUUACAAUCUCCAAAUCUUUGA